AUAACGUGUCCGCAUCGUGCCGUAUCGUUAUCGUUUAUCGAUUGUUAACGUGCGACAAACGACAACAAACAUCACACCGUCCUCCGAUCGGAGCACCACGUCCGCCUUGUAUCCCGUCGUCCCGAAAGCCUUUAUUUAUGAAACACAUACGGUCUGAUCCACCAACUUCAGCCAUCGCAUUCAAUGUCUUCCAAACUGCAGGCAGAGCAGAAGAAAGCCAAUAGUAAACACAUGUCUACCGGUAAAAGUGACGUUCCAAUGAAAUCUGCUACAGGUAAAUCAGCCACAAUCAAUCCAGAUACCAGCACACCAAAUGACUCCAAAACACAAGAUAAAUGCAUUGCUGAAGGAUGUCAAAAUUUGGCUGUUGCAGAUUCAGAAUGGGACUGUGAAUAUUGCAGUAUAAGUUGUUGUUAUGACCAUUGCAAAUUCACAUUUAAUGCUUGGCUUGAGAGUAAUAAAAAAACUAAAGCAAAAACCAGUACUAUUUCUUCAACUCAUGAAAAUGUAGCUAGUACAUCUAAUCAACAUUCUGGACCAGUAAAUCCAUAAAAUAAGUUGAAAAACAGAUGUUCCAUUACUGAUUGUCGUAAAAUAUUAAUUUUGUAAAUAAAAUAUUUUUUAAUGCCUAUAAUGUGCUUAACUUUUUAUACAAAUUAUACUAUUAUGUACAAUAUUUAUGAUCUUUGUGUGUUUUGAAUCCAGUAUACUUGUCUAAUUUUAA